AUGCAGAUUGCUAAAGUCGCGCUCUUCCUCUUCGCUGCUACCGGCGUGGCGGCGAACCCCGUUGAUGUCGAUGUCAACGGCGUAGACGUCAAAGUAUCCGGCGGGGAGGACAUGAACAUGUUCAUAACGUACACUGGGAGGUAG